AUGCUAUUCGCCCAAGGCAUCACAGCGCUCGUGCGCGCCUUCAGGGCUGUCACACAGAUUCUCGAGCGUUUAUGGGUCUUUCUCGAAACCGUAUUCGUCAAGAUAGCAACCCUACCAUACUACCGGCUCUACCACUUCAACACCAUCGAUCCCCUGCAAAAGCUCGCCGAUCUCGCCUCGGAAACACCACUCACUACGCAACGAUUCCAGCGCGCGCUGUCGUCUUGGCGAGCGCGGAAACUAAGUGAAUUGCAAUUCACCACAAUCUCCUGCACCGUACUCGCCGCCGCUGUCAUCGGCGCUUUCUCAUGGACCACAAUUUCAGAAGCUUAUUGGCUUACGCACGGCUUCUGGCAUAUGAGCCUGAUUCUGGCUAUCCUUGGUAUUCUGCUCUCGGCGUCUGAAGUCACGGUGCUGAAUUUGCUGGGGCCUGUAAAGCCGCUUGUGCAACAACAGCAACAGCAGCAACGCCCUGUCACUACCCUUGACAUUGCCAUAGCAAAAUACCGCCCUCUACUCUUCACUCUCACAACAGACAAUGCUGGUGCACCGCGCUACGCUCCGCGGCGCAAAAUGGUAUUCACGUGGCAAGCACCGCUCAUGUUCAUGUCGUAUUCUGUCUGCGCGUUUCUCGCUGGCCUCACCAUUCUUGUUUGCUCGCCGUUUAUUCGCCGCGAUAAGGUGUGGGGAGAUGGACAUAAUGUGAGUAACUCUCUCUCUCUCUCUCUCCUUCUUUCGGGGCUAGCUGCAUUCGUAUUCUGCUCGUUUUGGGUAUAUCAUUAUGUUGAGAUUGAGUAUGAGGAACUGGGGCGCGAGGAUGAUGCCGGACAGAGUGCGCAUGUGGGUGUGCAGAUUGGACAUUCUUGA